CUUGACUAGGCAGGUUCACUGGCUCUCGCGCGCCGGCCAAUUCACAAUUGCCAGUCAGUACUCGUUAGUCGUCAAAGUGAACGCGGCAGUGCUCCGCAAAAUGGCUGUGUCAAAAACUAUAUGGCAUUGCGCCGGUUUGUUAUUGUUUAUUGUGGUAUCUUGUACCGCGCUUUCCGGCUUAUAUAUAGAUAAUGGUGUGGACCAGACUAUUAUCCACCACUCAAUGACGCGUCAUGAAAGACAGGUUGUUGAACACGAAAUAUUAGAAUUGUUAGGACUCGGCGAGAGACCGAGGCGUGCGCAAACGCCACCCUUGGACCGCUCAGCGCCAAGCUUUUUGCUGGACGUCUAUAAGCAGUUAGCUGAGGAGCACGAACAAGCUCGGCCUACCCGAAGCUCUGAAAUGGCUCUUAGCGGCGAAGAGCAAAAUGCAAUCGACGAGAGCGAUCUUAUUAUGACAUUUCAAAGCAAAAAACACCACUUGGGCGUCUUACGUCAUGGUCACGGAAGGCAUAUUUGGUUUGAAGUUACUGGCGCCCCUAGUGACGCUUCCUCAUUACUUACUGCUGAGCUGAGACUCCAUCAGGCACCAAAACAUACAGUGGAGCCUGCUGAUCUUUACACCGUUGUUGUUCAUCGGGUGAUGAGCGUUGACAAUUUAGGAGGUAUGCAAAUGGAGCAGGUGGCAGCAGUAAACACGAGCGCCAGCGCUGAAGGGUGGCUGGAGUUCAACGUAACAGCCGCCUUAGCUUCGUGGCUUGGAGCCCCAGCAGACAAUCGCGGCUUCUUUAUCACUCUCCACCCUCAUACACAACCAGAACGCCAUGUUAAACCGGAAGAAAUAGGUUUGGAAGAGAAUCACGGACCUAACUCCGAAGGCAAGCAGCCAUUUUUGGUAGCAUUUUUUAAAAAUGGCCCAAAAUUAGGCGGUGCUGAUGCGGGAGCUAGGAAAAAAAGAGAGGCAAGGCGGUGGCGCUCACAUGGAUAUUCAGAAAAUUAUUUGAGGAACCCUCUAACAGACACAUUACAUUGGACCACCCGGAGUUGUGAAAUUCAAACACUUUACGUCAGUUUUAAGGAUUUAGAAUGGCAGGAUUGGAUAAUAGCCCCCGAAGGAUAUGGGGCCUUUUAUUGCAGUGGAGAAUGCAAUUUCCCCUUGAACGCUCAUAAAAACGCUACAAACCACGCAAUCGUACAAACGUUGGUUCAUCUUUUAUAUCCAAACCAGGUACCGAAACCAUCGUGUGCACCAAUCAAAUUGUCUCCUAUAUCCGUGUUAUACUAUACAGACGACUCGAAUGUAAUUUUACGAAAAUACAAAAAUAUGGUCGUUAAAAGUUGUGGGUGCCAUUAAAUUCUCAAUUGUGCUAAUUUUGAUGUACUUAAAUUUCUUUCAAUUUAAGUAACUUUUUUACUCUUUCAACUUUCCUUUACUUAAAAUAAUAAAUUGUGGGUGUUAAAGGUAAGGUAUGGAUUUCUUAUUAAAAUAAUCGUUAAAUCUACUUUUUUGUACCAUUUAGUAAUUAAUAUACAUAUGUCAUUGUAAGAGGACCACUAUUGUGUAGUUCUUAAACAGUGGAACCAAAAAGUUAUUAAGAGUUUCUGAACUUAUAAACAAACAAUAAAUCCAUAACCCCUUAUAAAAAAAUAAAAUCAAUCUAAUUUCACUAUUUAACUAAAGCAGCCUUUGGACACAAAAUAAAUUGAGAGAUUGAUGAAAAGAAACAGACGACUUCUUUAGUUAAAACGAUGCUUUUGAAUUUUUUUUUUUUUAUAAGGAUUAGGCAAUUAGACAUAUUUUUUAUGAAUACGGGGCAAUUAGACUUAUAAUUCAUUCAUAUACGGAGUUAUGUAGCUAUCAAAAGUUUCGUCUCCUCACUCUUAUAUCAAAAACAAAUGCGUCGCGUCGCCGUGAAACAUCCAUUGCUAAUCGUUUAAAGUAACUAACCUACUAUUUUUUUAAAUUGUAUUUUAAAAAAAAUAUUCAAAUUUGGUGCAUCGACGUCUCAUUAAUGAGAGAUUUAUGUACAUCAGUAUUAGCACCUAUACCUUCAAACUAGUCUGUAGUCCAUCCAUUAUAUUAUUUUAAUUAAAAUAUAUUAAGCCAAUUGCGUUAAUA